UUCUGACGUCAUAGGACAGCGUCGGUGGACUCCGAGGCGGCUGCGGAGGCUACACGUGGGUUGGGAUCUGGAAAUUUUCAGACCAGGCUAUGGAUACACCGCUGAGGCGCAGCCGGCGGCUGGAACGCCUAAAGCCUGAAUCCCCCGAGAGCCCCACCUCAGUGUCGCGGGCCAAUCUGGCCCUUGUGGAGCUCGAGUCAAAUACAGAAGAAACGAGGGAACCCGCGUCUCCUUGGAGUGUGAGGCAACCCGGCCUAGAGUUCCCCCGACGCCAAGCAGACGCAGGCCCCGGAUCACCUAGUCUGCUGCAGGGUGCAGGCUUGGGGUCCCCCAGAAGGGAGCCAGAGCCGGGCCCAGGGUACCCCCAGCUUCAGCAAUAUUCAGACCAGGAGUCUUCCCGAAGACAGCCGGAGUGGAGUCCAGAGUCCCCCCGGUGUCAGCCAAAGCCGUGUGGGGAGUCACCAAAGGUCUCCCAGAGCCGAAUAGAACAGGACUCGGAGUUGGCGCAGAGUGAGGAGCUGGCCCCGGGGUCCCCUCAACAUCAGCUGCAGCCGGGCCCCGGAUCCCCAGAGCCUUGCGCCGGUCAGCAAGCACCGGGUCCGGAGCCGUCGCGGCCACUACAGGAGUUGACACCUCAGCCACCCGACUCCCCUCAGAGUCAGCAGGAGCCAAGCAAACCACCUCCGGCCGGGGAAACGGUGAAAAGCGGCUUCGGAGCAAAGAAGAAAGAAAGUUCUUCAGCCCAGGCCCCUGCGUCCAAGAAGUUGAAGGAGGAGGUUCCUGAAAUCCCGAAGGGAAAGCCCAAGUCGGGCCGGGUGUGGAAGGACCGCUCCAAGAAGAGGUUCUCCCAAAUGGUUCAGGACAAGCCCCUGCGCACAUCCUGGCAGCGGAAGAUGAAGGACCGGCAGGAGAGGAAGCUGGCCAAGGACUUUGCCCGGCACCUGGAGGAGGAGAGGGAGAGGCUCCGGCAGGAGAAGAAACGGCACCGUGCCGAGAAUCUCAAACGCCGCCUAGAGAAUGAGCGCAAGGCAGAGGUCGUCCAGGUGAUCCGAAACCCUGCCAAGCUCAAGCGGGCAAAGAAGAAGCAGCUUCGCUCCAUUGAGAAGCGGGAUACCCUGGCCCUGCUGCAGAAGCAGCCACCCCAGAGUCCAGCAGCCCAGAUCUGAGCUCAGGACAGCCCAGAGGCCUUCUGUGGCCAAACACCAUAUCUGACACUGCAGGCCACUGGUUACACUCCGUGGCUCUAAAAUAGGGGCCCCACCCCAGGCAGGACUCUGGGCUUUGGAGGGCUCUUGGGCAGCUGGCAGGUCCCAGAGGGAGCCUGCAACCUGGAGAGACUGGGGGAGGGAAGAGGCUCCGCAACCCCUCUCUCCUUCCCUCUCCUCCAAGUGCCUUCAAACCAAGAGUAAAUUCUUCUGGUUCCUUAGAGAAGUGGCCACUGGAGGGUGACUCCCCAAAAUGGGUGUUUUCUGUCUCAAGGUCCUGGGCCCAACCCCGGCCAGGAGGCUAGCAGUCAGCAAUCAGUUCCCUCCACACCUUCCCAAAGGCCACUUUGGGUUCUCUGCACCCCGCUGACCCUGUCACCCAGCAAACCCAACUCCACUACACUUCUCAACACUGAAGAUUAAGGUGGGGAGGUUGCAAGAAGCAAGGCUUCUCCCUAGCUCCCUCUUUCUGUACCAGACUGUGCAGAAGCCCCAAAGAGCUGAUUAAUUCAUGCCUUCCAUUCUAUGAGAAAAAUAUUUAUUUACACCUGCUGUGUACAGGCAAAAUUCUAGGUACCAGGGAAUACAGACCAAAGUCUCUGCCCUCAAGGAGCUUUCAUUCUGGUGGAGAAAACAAUAAACAAGUAAAAUAUA